CAAAACCACUCCCAUUCCUGCAGCUUUAUAUACCCUUCUAAGUGACCCCCCCCGUUCGCUCGUUGACCCCGGUCUUCCCCCCAGAAGCUAUAGACAACUAUACAUAUCAUAGAUAGACAGACAUCCCCCUCAGCAAAAUGGUAGAGACAGGUCUUCCGGCAGGGUGGGAGGUUCGCCACUCCAACUCCAAGAACCUCCCUUAUUACUUCAACCCCAUGACGAAGGAGUCUCGUUGGGAGCCGCCGGCAGACACCGACACCGAGAAGCUCAAGCACUAUAUGGCGAACUACCACAGUGGCCCGGCCGGACGCCCCGAUGGAAAUGGUCAGAAUGACGGCAAAAUUCGCUGCAGCCACCUUCUCGUCAAGCACCGGGAUAGCAGACGGCCUAGCAGCUGGAGGGAAGCGGAGAUCACCCGGUCGAAAGAGGAGGCCAUUGAGAUUCUCCGGGGCCACGAGGAGCGAAUCAAUGCGGGGGAAGCGAGCUUGGGGGAUAUUGCUAUGUCAGAAUCUGACUGCAGCAGUGCUAGGAAACGAGGAGAUUUGGGCUUUUUUGGACGGGGUGAGAUGCAAAAGGAGUUUGAGGAUGCGGCAUUUGCACUGCAGCCUGGCCAGGUCAGCAGCAUCGUUGAGACUGCCUCUGGCGUUCAUCUGAUCGAACGUGUCCAGUAGAAUUUCAGAACCACCUAUUUGUUAUAAGUGUAUCUAGUUGGAAGGAAUAGCUACAUACCUUUGCUACAUGAGGAAUUGCAUUCUCAUGCUCUCAUUCAGG